AUGGACCCCAACAGGAUCAUCCAGGCUCUGAAGGGCACCAUAGACCCCAAGCUGCGCAUCGCCGCCGAGAACGAGCUCAAUCAGUCCUAUAAGAUCAUCAAUUUUGCUCCAAGUCUACUGCAAAUCAUAGUAUCGGAUCAAGUUGAAUUUCCAGUGCGUCAAGCAGCUGCCAUUUACCUGAAGAACAUGGUGACACAGUACUGGCCAGACCGUGAACCACCUCCUGGAGAAGCAGUAUUUCCAUUCAACAUUCAUGAAAAUGAUCGUCAGCAGAUUCGUGAUAACAUUGUAGAAGGAAUAAUUCGUUCUCCUGACUUAGUGAGAGCCCAGCUGACAAUGUGCCUCCGUGCUAUCAUUAAACAUGACUUUCCUGGCCAUUGGACAGCCGUGGUAGACAAGAUAGGCUACUAUUUACAAUCUCAGAACAGUGGGAGUUGGCUUGGGAGCCUCUUGUGCCUGUAUCAGCUGGUGAAGACUUAUGAAUACAAAAAGGCAGAGGAGCGAGAUCCUCUCAUAGCAGCAAUGCAAAUAUUUUUGCCUCGGAUUCAGCAGCAGAUGAUCCAGCUUCUGCCUGAUAACUCCCAUUACUCUGUAUUGCUUCAGAAACAAAUCUUAAAAAUCUUCUAUGCUCUUGUUCAGUAUGCAUUGCCACUCCAGUUGGUGAAUAACCAGACUAUGACUCAGUGGAUGGAGAUCUUCCGUACUAUCAUUGAUAGAAAUGUACCUCCGGAGACUUUGCAAAUUGAUGAAGAUGAUAGACCGGAGCUGGUGUGGUGGAAAUGCAAGAAGUGGGCAUUGCAUAUUGUAGCUCGUCUUUUUGAACGGUAUGGAAGUCCUGGAAAUGUAACUAAAGAAUACUUUGAAUUCUCAGAGUUUUUUUUAAAAACCUACGCUGUGGGCAUACAACAGGUUCUCUUAAGAAUCUUAGACCAAUACAGACAAAAAGACUAUGUUGCGCCACGUGUUCUUCAGCAAACGUUAAAUUAUCUGAACCAAGGGGUUAUUCACUCUGUAACAUGGAAGCAGAUGAAGCCACACAUACAGAGUAUAACAGAAGAAGUGAUAUUCUCUCUAAUGUGCUACAAAGAUGAGGAUGAAGAGCUCUGGCAAGAGGAUCCAUACGAAUAUAUCCGCAUGAAAUUUGAUGUAUUUGAGGAUUAUGCAUCCACUACAACAGCAGCACAGAAUCUCCUUUAUACUGCUGCGAAGAAGAGAAAAGAGGUAUUACCAAAAAUGAUGGCAUAUUGCUACCAGAUUCUGACAGAGCCAAACAUUGAUCCAAGAAAAAAAGAUGGGGCUUUGCAUGUCAUAGGAUCCCUGGCAGAUAUUUUACUGAAGAAGAGUGUCUUCAAGGAUCAAAUGGAACUGAUGUUACAGAAUCAUGUAUUUCCGUUGUUCAUGUCUAACCUGGGGUACCUCAGAGCUAGAUCCUGUUGGGUACUUCAUUCAUUCAGUGCUUUGAAAUUUCACAAUGAGUUAAACUUGAGGAAUGCAGUAGAGUUGGCAAAGAAGAGCCUGAUUGAUGAUAAGGAAAUGCCUGUCAAAGUAGAAGCAGCCAUAGCUCUUCAGACGUUAAUAAGCAACCAGGAGCAAGCCAAGGAAUAUGUGAAGCCUUACGUAAGGCCGGUUAUGCAAGAGCUCUUGCACAUUGUUAGAGAGACGGAAAAUGAUGAUCUUACUAAUGUAAUCCAGAAGAUGAUCUGUGAGUACAGUCAGGAAGUAGCUACUAUCGCCGUUGACAUGACUCAACACCUGGCUGAAAUAUUUGGUAAAGUACUUCAGAGUGAGGAAUAUGAGGAAGUAGAGGACAAAACAGUUAUGGCCAUGGGCAUCUUGCACACCAUUGACACUAUCCUGACAGUUGUGGAAGAUCACAAGGAGAUAACUCAACAGCUCGAGAGCAUUUGUUUACAGAUCAUUGGCCUUGUUUUGCAGAAACACGUUAUAGAGUUUUACGAAGAAAUUCUCUCCUUGGCCUACAGCUUGACAUGUCAGAUGAUUUCACCUCAAAUGUGGCAGCUUUUAGGUGUUCUAUAUGAGGUUUUCCAGCAGGAUUGCUUUGAGUACUUCGCAGAUAUGAUGCCUCUCUUGCAUAAUUAUGUGACCAUUGACACUGAUACUUUACUGUCUAACCCAAAGCAUUUAGAAAUCAUCUAUGCUAUGUGUAAAAAGGUAUUAACAGGAGAUGCAGGAGAAGAUGCAGAGUGCCAUGCAGCCAAACUCCUAGAAGUAAUUGUUCUUCAAUGCAAAGGACGGGGUAUUGACCAGUGUAUUCCACUCUUUGUGGAGGCUGUUCUGGAGCGGUUAACCAGAGGAGUUAAAACAAGUGAGCUUCGUACCAUGUGUCUUCAGGUUGCCAUAGCUGCGCUCUACUACAAUCCUGACCUACUUCUGCACACCUUAGAGAACAUCAGAUUUCCACACAAUCCUGAGCCCAUCACCGCACAGUUUAUAAACCAGUGGAUGAAUGACACAGACUGCUUUCUUGGGCAUGUAUUACUCCAUGACAGAAAGAUGUGUAUAAUAGGACUGAGCAUCCUAAUGGAAUUGCAGAACCGACCGCCUGCAGUGGAUGCUGUGGCUGCCCAGAUUGUCCCUUCAAUCCUCCUCCUCUUCCUGGGCUUAAAACAAGUUUGCGCCUCACGAGAACUCACAGAACAUGAGGAUCAUGCUAAAGAUGAAAAACACGUUGCAGAAGAUAAUGAAGAGAUACCGAGUGAUGAGGAGGAGACAAAUGAAGUGAGCCAGGCGAUGCAAGAGAACCAUGGUGGAGGAGGAGGUGGUGGUGGUGGUGGAGGUGGAGAGGAAGAGGAUGAAGAUGAUGAUGAUGAUGACUGGGAUGAAGAUGCAUUGGAAGAGACUGCUCUUGAAGGGUUCAGCACACCUCUUGACCUUGAAAAUGGUGUUGAUGAAUACCAGUUUUUUACACAAGCACUUCUAGCGGUGCAGAGCCGAGAUGCAGCCUGGUACCAUUCACUGACAGCACCACUGAGUGAGGAUCAGAAGAAACAGCUGCAGGAAAUUUAUACAUUAGCAGAACACCGGCGAAAUGCUGCAGAGACUAAGACAAUAGAACAACAAAGUGGCUACACGUUUGACAACAAAGGACUGAUCACAGCAUUUAACUUUGCUGGAAGUACUCCUGGUGGCAACUGAAG